CGAAUGACUCUAUAUAAAGUUGGUUAGCUUGCAACCGGUGGCCACUUAAGUAAGCGUCAUAUACCAUACCGCUGACAAGAGACCACGACAGAAGAGAAAAAGAAAACAAUUAUAAGAAAAGAUAUUUAUCAAGAUAACAAAUCAUGAAAACUACUUCGAUAGUCGUUUUGAUUCUGUAUUACUGGCUAGGAUGUUGCUAUAGUUACAGAGACAUUUACAAAAAACAGAGAAGUCCCUUUAGGAGAAACUGGUAUCAACAAAAUCGAGUUGGAAGCAAACGCGUUCGAUCUCCACUCUCCGGGAAGUUACAUUUUUCAUCAACUCCUGAAGAGCAGAAAAUAGUGUCAAUAGGAGAGUCGUUCACACUUACCUGUGAUAUCAUCAGUAAACCUCACGCCAAUAUGUACUGGAAUAAGAACGGUGUGCGAAUACCACAGGGUGCCUCCUCAAACCUUGUCGAUGAGCAAAGAUAUGAAGAUAAAGUCAGUGCUCACCGGCGACCUAGGGUACGUCAAAGUUCACAGAUGUUGCAACUGUUUAUUGACUGUUUCACACCUGAAAAAGCUGGAACAUAUGAAUGCGUAGCUGAAACGGAUUCACAUCGUAUAUCACAUUCAACUGUAGUCGAAACUGCUUGUCCUGUCACUGGUCAGAAUUCGUAUGGUGCAGAUUUUCUUUUUCGAAUUCUCAACUACAUGCUAUGUUCCGGAAGAUUUCCAGCAAAGGAACAAUGUAAUUCUAACGGAAUGGGAGCUCGUAUUUAUUCCUAUACCACUUAUCGCAUUGAGAAGUCUGGCACAGCUGUCCAGUUAAGUUGCCGAGCUCAAGGUACUCCAACACCAACAAUUAGCUGGUACAAGGACAAGAAAAAGAUUCUACCAAGCACGCCUGGUUACAAGUUGCUAGCAAAUGGUGAUCUGGUUCUUGAAAGCUGGCAUUUGAAUGAACACUUCUUCUUAUUUAACUGUAAAGCUGAAAAUGAUUUUGGUAAUGAUUCUAUUUCAUCAAGCGUAUAUUUGGUUUCAAAUAAAAAAUAAUUUAACAUACCAUUUUCGGGAAGGGGAAACUUAUGGAAAUAGCACCCACUGUAACCCAACACUAUGCCAAAAAUAAAAUUUAAAAAAUGAAAGCAGAGAGAGAGAAAAGAAGAGAGAAAAGAAAGUAAUAUAUAAUGACAGGGAGAAAGAAGUAAACAAGGAAAGGAGGAAGAAAGAAUGACAGACAGACUCGAAGAAAAGGAACAUUUAAAACAAAAUAUUUAUGAUAGCUGAUAAAUUACGAAUCAUACGAAUAGACACCUUAAAACUAUCUGGCUAGUGAAAACUGACAUGAAAAACUAUAUGAUGAACUAAUAAUAAAAGAAGUAAAAAAAAAAAGAAAACACAAAGUGCUCUCCCUUGGAAUGCUUCUUUUUAUUAUAAUUUUUCUUUUUUUCAUUUUUUUUUUGACGAGUAGUUUUCAAUUCCAGUUAAAAAAA